AUGACUGCCCCUGUGACCGAAGUGACCAUCGUUCCCCUAGUGAAGGGUGCCGAUCCACGAGUUGAGAAUAGCGACGCAGCCAAAAUACUCAACAGGGCGAACGAGACUGUAAUGCAACAGCCUGGAUUCCAACGCAUGAUAUGGGGUUUGGAUAAAAAGGACCCUAGUAUGAUGGUAGGCAUUGUUGCCGCUCCGUAUUAUCAAGCUUUCAUAGAUGAUUUUAAUCAGAUUAUUGCUGGACCGAUCGUUUUGUUUCAUACAACCUAUGAAGAAGGAGUUGGCAUUGCGCCUCUGAUUGAGCUCAAGGAUCAAAUAACCGAUGUCUCUCUUGCUUUCUUCCCUGCAGGAUCAUUGACCCAAGGGUUCCAAGACGAUCUUUCCUGGGUUUCUCAGACUGUGAAAACGGAUCUCCUCAAGCCUAAAGAUGCACCCUCCAGUAUUGUCAGUGGCUGGUGCACCGAUGAUGCGUUGGACGAAGAGCGCCAUGGAAAAGGACCAGAGAGGCCGUGGAUGUCGAUGGUAACAUGGAAGAACACAAAAGCUCGACAAAGAGCAUGGAAUCGCCAAGCUGUUCUUGGUGAUAUUCCAAAACUUGUUGAAGGGAAGGGAGAGCUGGAAAUCUACGAGGUCGAGUUCCAGCCUGUGAUUUCCAGGCCGUAA